AUGGCUCACGGGUAUGGACAUCAAGGCCCGUCGGGCAUGCCAAAACAAUUCGUGCUUUGUUUCGACGGCACUGGAAAUAAGUUUGCAGGCGAUGAGUCUGACAGCAACGUUCUCAAGAUCUUUCGCAUGCUCGACCGCAGUAAAAGCCACCAAUACCAUUACUAUCAACCGGGUAUUGGCACAUAUGUGACAUCGAAAUCACUUUCUAGUCAUGGUCGCCUGCAGCGUAUCAAAUCAGCGUAUCAAAAGGCCAAGGACUCGGCGGUCGGCUCGUCCUUCGACGAGCAUGUCAUGGGUGGGUACAAGUUCCUGAUGCGGUACUAUUCCCCAGGCGACGAGAUCUAUUUCAUUGGAUUCAGUCGCGGUUCAUAUAUCGCGCGAUUCCUCGCGGAGAUGCUGGACUAUAUUGGGCUUCUGGAAGCCGGAAAUGAGGAAUUGGUCCGAUUUGCGUGGAAGACGUUUGCCAAAUGGCAACAGCGAUCCGAUGAUACCGAAGAGGAGCGCGAAAAGAAGAAGGAGCUCUUCAAGUACAUGAAGGCUUUCCGUGAGACAUUCAGUCGUCCCAUCUCGCGCAUCCGUUUCAUGGGUCUGUUCGACACUGUCAACAGUGUGCCUCGCUUCGAGUCCGCAUGGAUGCAGCGCACCAAGUUCCCCUACACGGCGCGUAGUUCUGCAAAGGUCAUCCGCCACGCCGUGGGUAUUGAUGAGCGCCGCGCCAAGUUCAGACAGGAUUUGAUUUCUGGACCUCGUCCUCGGGAAAAGAAGCACCACAAGCACCGCCACCAUCUGCCACUGCCAAAGAACCCACUUGAGCACCACAUGGAACGCCAUCGCGAUGAACAUAACCAUUUGCACCUCUUCCAUCAGGAUAAAGAGCGGAAGGCAAAGGCCGAAGAAGAUCACCCCGAUAAUGUCCCUGCCAUUCGCUUCAAUGACAACCCGGAGAUAGUGAUGCCAGAAGACGAGAAGACGGGCCCUGAAUUCCAGGUUCCUGGAUGGGGACCCAAUGCCGGCGAAUCGUACUACCACGCAUCUCACCAGGCCUCUCAAGCCGGAUCCCGCGCGGCGUCUCGCGCAGGCUCUCACACGGGCUCCUAUGCAGGAAGCGAGCCUGCAACGAUGCAACCUCACGCAUACCGCGCACCCUCACCUAAACGCAGUCUUGCAGUGCCGAAAUCCUCAAUGGAAGAUCUGCACUCUGUCGCCAGCAAAGAGUCGUGCCAGAGUGCACACUCAAAUGUACUCUCAGUUCAGAUUCCUGGCGCAGACGACGAAAGCGACGACGAAGACGAUCAGGACAUUCACGAGAUCUGGUUCCCAGGCUGCCACGCCGAUAUUGGUGGCGGUUGGAAGCUCGCUGAAGACGAGGAUUGGGCCCUCAGCCACGCCCCACUGGUGUGGAUGACGCAGGAAGCACACAAAGCCGGACUGGAACUUGACGAGCGCAAGAUGAAGCAGUUCCAGUGUCUGGAGGAGUUUGACGGUGAUUACACGCCUAUUCAGCAAGAGAUCAGUGCCCGUCGGCCCAGUCGCUGUGUUGAGGCUCAUAAUGACAACUCUGAGGCUUUCCGCUCCAUGCCGAAUGAGAAGGAGCGCACCGCGGCUAGUGCUGAUUUCUGGCAUGCGCUACACACCUCGAGCACCAAGGGCCUGAGUCACGAUUGUUUGUUGUUUAACCAGGGCAUUCCUGCCAUGUCGGUCAUUACUUGGCGUAUCAUGGAGUGGCUGCCGUUCCGCCGUAUGGAUCUGCAGGCGGAUGGAUCCUGGAAGCCUAUCAGCUGGCCCCUUCCCCGGGGUGAGGUGCGCGAUGUUCCGCUGAAUGCCGAGAUCCACGUGUCUGCGAUUCGCCGCAUGCAGGCCAAUUCCAAUUACCGACCCGGCAAUGUCAUUGUUGGUGGUGGUGGUCGGGGUUGCCGUGUGGCGCCCGAAGAGUACGGAAUGGGUGAGUGGGUGGUGUUCCGGAAUGAAGGUGAUCCAGUGCGUGAGACAUAUGUCCGCAAAGAUCUUUCCAAGUGCAAAGAAGGAAAAGAUGAAGAGAACCCCCAGAAGACUCUUCGGGUCCCUUAA